AUGGAAAACAAUAGGAACAGCGGCUCCUUUGCAUCGCGGGCCGUCAAUCCUACUCUCCUUGAAGUUCCAGACAGCAAUCCCCAGAAGCGCAAAUCCUACCGCCGCCCGGCCGAUGCGCAACCCGCAGGCGCAUCCCCACCAGAGCCCGACAUGUCGAAUACCGUACCCAGCAACACUGCGCGUCCUGUCGCAACUGUGCCCUUGAACGGCAAUGUCACAAUUGGCAGCGGGCAUAGGCGGCGGCAGAGCAGACACAUACCGCCCCCGACGACAGGCGCAACGAGCGAAUCUGUGCCAGCUGCCCCAGAAGUACCUCGUGCGCCACCUUCCUCAUACCGAGACCCGUAUGCUAGAGGGGUCAAAGUGCCCGCGCGCUCAAGCUCUGGCCGAUCGCGCGAUCCAGCCAUCCAAUUGAACCCGAGCAGACAGCAGGCGACUAUCCAAACAGCUGCCAACAGACUGUACGAGCUGCGGUCACCACCCUAUGCGCCAGCCGAACCAUUGGCAGGGACCGUCCAGCGACGCGGCUCUCAGCGCAGACCCUCUGUGCCCGACCGAUCGCCCCUGCAAAAGUUGGAGGGGAAGCUAGACGAUAUCAGCAAGGAAGAGAGAAGGGCACGGAUACUCGAGGCGGAAUUGGCCGCGCAAGAGAAGGCUGAGGCGGAGAUGCGAGAACGAAGAGCACGAGAAGCUGCGCAAAAGCAACGUGUUGUGUCUGUGCCCAUACCGGAGAAGUCAUCCAGCGCUUCUGCCCCGACCAACAACGGCAGGCGCCAGGUGUCCAUGCCGUUCCAGGACAAAGCUAUGUCACCGCCAAUGUCCCCACCCAUGUCACCGCCCAUGAGCGACCUGGAAUCGGACGACGGCUAUGCCUAUGAUCUCAGCGACCCAUGGCACCCCUCGGAUGCACAAGGAGGAGCAGUUCAGUCCGUUCAGCAUGUGCCCAUGCAAAAGGCGCAGGUUGUUCCCAUGGCCUACCAGCCGGUACCGCAUACUGAUGCUGCCAUACCGCGAGGAAGCAGCUUGAAGGGAAAGGAACCGGCGGGUUCACGGAAAUCUGGCAGCUACAGCGAUCGGAGUAUGCUGCCUUCGCAGAACAUGCCCAGGAAGCCCGUAGCCAACCCCGCGGGACUUGGUCUGGUAGGUGUCCGCGACACUUCGACACCCUCUGAUGUAUCUCGUUCAGAGAGCAAGAGGGGCCAGGGGAAAAGAGACAGCCGAGGAUUCAUGGCUGCACAGAUGGAAAUGCAGCAAAACGAUAUCGACUACAAAGGAUCACCACGAGAGAAUGAUACUCAGCAACUGCCACGCAAGAUACCUCCCGUUCCCCAGACCGUUCAGAUACCGCCCAUCCCGCCUGUCCCUCAGACCAAUCGCAAGAGCGUCAUGUUCUCUGAGUCCGAGUCGGACCUAGAGCAGCACGAUCCUGAGAAGAAACAUCGCUACUCCCGCCAUCACAGCGAGCCGGAAAGGACCUACACACCCGCUCCUAUGCUCGAGGAAUGGAGAAGUGCACCGAUCGGUCUCCUCACUGCAGAUGAUCUAGAUCUGGACGCUCCAGCCAAAGCCAAUAGCGGCAACAAAGCAUGGUGGGAAGAGAGCAAGGCCUCUCGACGAAGACGUUCCGGAGGAUAUGCGGAACCAACUUACGAUGGCUAUGCCGACGAUGCCCCCACACACACUGCUUUCAAUCCACCACUAUACCUCAAGUGUGGACCGCUCCUACGCUACACCGGUCUUCGGAGAGAUCGCAGCGUUCCCGGACGUGAGCGUGAAAUCUGGAGAGGCAGUAUCAUGAUUGUUACUGUUGACGCCUCUUCUUCGUAUGCCAAGCCGCCGACGUUGCGAUUAUUCAAGCAGCCAAUGGACAUACUUCCGCCUCCGCCGGAGGAAAUUAGCCAGGACCAGCUGGACCCAUCCUACGUCGAUCCCAUCGAAGGCCAAGUCAAAGUGUCGCGUACUGGUGAGGCGCUAUACGUCAAGCCGGUUGACGAACUCGCAGAGGACGAGGACCUAUCGCGCAUUGAAGACGACACCGGUUUGUUCUCCACGACUCGAAGCACAACGAACGGAUCGGGUUCUAAGUCAACCCGCAUUCACAAGAAGGACGGCGAGAAGCUUGGCAAAGUCCGUGAUUUCCCCGGUAUACGCCUGUAUGCUGAGCGAGGCGUGACCUUCUGGCGCUUCAACAUCGAAGUCGAACUUGGCAGUACCCAGACACGCAUUGCCUACAAGAUCAACCAAGGUCCUGCCAUCGGAUUUUGGGUCCCAGCCAAGGGAGAGUCUAUGAACAUUAUGUUUCACAGCUGCAACGGCUUCUCAGCCACUGUCGAAGCGAAUGAGUUCUGUGGUCCAGACCCGAUGUGGCGCGAUGUACUGAACACGCACCAAACCCGCCCAUUCCAUGUGAUGAUCGGUGGAGGUGAUCAGAUUUACAACGACGCUGUAAUGAGGCAAACGACUUUGUUCAGACAAUGGACUGAGAACAGAAACCCCAUGCACAAGCACCAUCAGACAUUCUCCGAGGAGAUGCAGAACGAGCUGGAGCAGUUCUACCUCGAUCGGUACGCAAUGUGGUUCUCCCAGGGUUUGUUUGGCAUGGCCAACUCCCAGAUCCCAAUGGUCAAUAUCUGGGAUGACCACGACAUUAUUGACGGCUUUGGAUCAUACCCUCAUCACUUCAUGCAAACGCCUGUAUUCACCGGUGUUGGUGCCGUUGCUUUCAAGUACUACAUGCUCUUCCAACAUCAGUCUGUAACCGCCGAAACCGACAAGACCGAACCGUCAUGGGUACUUGGAAAGAGUCCUGGCCCGUAUAUCAAGGAGCGCUCUCGGAGCGUCUUCAUGCAACUCGGUCGUCAGGUAGCCUUCCUCGGUCUUGACUGCCGUACUGAGCGUCAGCGUGACGAAAUUCUUACCGAAGACUCCUACGACAUCAUCUUCGAUCGCCUGGAAGAUGAGAUCAUCAAGGGUGAGACUAAGCACCUGAUCGUGCUCCUUGGAGUGCCCAUUGCCUACCCCCGCUUGAACUUCCUCGAGAACAUCCUCACAAGCAGGCUUAUGGACCCUCUAAAGGCUCUCGGCCGCGCAGGAAUGCUGGGCAACUUUGUCAACAAGUUCGAUGGAGGUGUCGAGAUCCUGGAUGACCUAGACGAUCAUUGGACAGCCAAGCACCACAAGGAAGAGCGCAACUGGUUCAUCAAAGAGCUGCAACACAUUGCUUCGACCAAAUCUGUGCGCGUUACCAUACUCGGUGGUGACGUGCAUCUGGCGGCAGUCGGACAGUUCUACAGCAACAAGAAGCUGAACGUUCCCAAGGACAAGGAUCACAGAUACAUGCCGAAUGUUGUGUCUUCCGCUAUUGUCAACACACCGCCUCCAGACGUGAUGGCAGACAUCAUCAACAAGCGCAACAAGAUACACCAUCUCGAUUCAGAAACAGAUGAAGACAUGAUCCCCCUCUUCACUCACGGCGUCGACGGCAAGAAGAGGAACAACACACAUUUGCUACCACACCGAAAUUGGUGUAGCAUUCGAGAGUACAAGCCAGGAUCUUCACCAUCAGAAACGCCAUCGCCACCCACGACCCCUGCGAACGGGCCGCGCAUGGGAAGAACGAUGUCAGACUUCGCGCCAGGGCAGCUGGUGAGAAGACUCAGUGGCCAACAGAGAAGACCUUCAGGAAGAGGCCGCGGACCACCUGUGUCUUAUCGCAACAACCCUUCAUAUGCCGCCGCCGAUGAAGUUCAGAUCGGCCACCAUCAACCACGGUCUUCGUUCUCGCCCGAUCGAUCAGAACCUGAAAGACCCACUCGUUCGCGACGCAAUUCUCUGACAUCGCUCUUCCGUCGCCGCGCGUCAGUAGAUGUCGCCCGUCCUGACACGUCUGAGACCGCAACACCUCCCCUAAGCCGGCACAGUGUGUCGCAAGAUCGACCGUCUACCUUCCAUCGCCGACCCAGCGUACUGACUAAGAAGACCGAGCGACACCACGGCCCAUAUGUCAAUCUUGAGGGUGGUCUUGACAUCUGUCUCAACGUUGAGGUAUCGCAGCACGACCCGGCUGGUAUCACAAUGCCUUACAGACUACUCGUGCCAGCGCUUACUUAUGUCGAGCCUGAGGAGGGCGUCGUCGAGAAAGAAAGCGGUAGAUCCCGUGGUUUCUUUGGCUCUUUCGGUGGCAAGCGCAAAGCGACGAUCGGCGAUGAUGGGAAUUCCAUCUCGGGCAGCGAAAGCGGAAGUGAGCUUGGGGAGAUGUCUAGUGAAGAGGACGAAGAGCGCACGCAGCAAAGGUACAAGGUCGGACCUCGGAUAGUCAUGCCGAGUAUGGGGUCUCAGAACAGGCGUGGCUCUGAACCUGCUCCUGUCACUGCCAUUGGCCCUGCAGCUCCCGUUCCCACUGCCCGAGAGAACCGUCUUAGUUCAGGCUUCCAUGCUAACACAGCUGCGAAUGUAGCUCCGAACCAAACGAACGGAAUUCCCCGCGAUCUCGUUCCAGAAAGUCAAGGACGACGAAGCUUGGAUGCAGCUGCGGGUACCUCGUCAAGAGCUGCUGCAUGGGACAACGUGGCCGCGAAACGGCACGUCAGCAUGCCGGUCGCUCCUCCCGCUACCCAGACUGCGACCCAAGCGACAGCGACGCCAUCCCGCUCCGCCUCCACGCGCAAGCAGCCUACCUAUAACUCGUCUCACAAGUCGCAGCUCCCUGCGCCUUCGCCAGAGAUAGAACCCAAAGUGCAGCGAAGAUCCAUGGGUGGUAUCUUGAACCAGCACUCGCACGACAAGAAAUGGGAGCAUGAUGCCCAUGUAGCCGCUCAUACACCUGCACAAACACAAAGGAAGGCGAAGCGGGAAUCAUACCCACCCCAUCCAGCGAUCGUCGGCGCCGGACCAAACUCGCCCUACUCGCGAGACGGACAAGGCCUCCAAGCACGACAAGACACAGCCGGAGGUGACUACUUCUCCAGCGGAGGCCGAGACGGCAAGACCCAUCCCGCCACAGCACCGCGUCAAGUCGUCGACCCAGAAUACACCGAGAAACCAGUCCAACGUGCCGACUACGCCGCACAACCACAACGAGGCGGUUACGACCGUACCUCUUCCUACCCGGCCUACCCCCAACGUAACGGCACUGCAGGAGUAGGCGCAAAGUACCUUGGCGGAGGCAGGUACGAGGACGAAGAUGAAGAUAGCUUCGAUAGCGCUGAUGACGACGAGGCUAGUCUCAGCGGACAGGAGCAGGAGAUGAGCCAGGAUAGCUUCGUGGUGCCGAAGCGUAAGAAGAAGUGGCAGAUCUGGAAGUAA